AUGGUCCCCGCUCUCCGGGGCGCUCUCCGGGCCGGGCCGGACCCCCGCGAGCCCGCCCUGGCGCCCCUGUCCCCGCCCCCCCGGGGGCCCACGCCGGUGGACGCGGUCAAGACGCACUGCCCGUCGUGCCUGGGGCUGUUCCGGGUGCCGCGGCUGCUGCCGUGCCUGCACACGGUGUGCACCGCGUGUCUGGAGAAGCUGGAGCCCUUCUCGGUCGGGGACGCGGACGCCGGCUCCGAAGGCCUGGCGCCGCUGCCGCUCGGGCCGCGCGUCGGCAUCCUCUGCCCGGUGUGCGAGGCGCAGGUGGACCUGCCGGCCGGCGGUGUGCAGGCCCUCACCAUCGACCACCUGGCCCUGAGCGACGUCCUGCUGGAGAGCCGCGGCGGGGACGGCCCGGGCCCGGCGGCCUGCGACCUGUGCGGCGCCGCGGGCGCGGACAAGCGGUGCCAGACCUGCGGGGUCAGCCUCUGCCCCUUCUGCUGCCAGGCCCACCGGCGGCAGAAGCGGACCGCAGACCACACCGUGGUGGACCUGGACGCGCGCGCGGGGAAGCCCGAGCCCUGCCCCACGCACCCGGCCGAGGAGCUGCGGCUGUUCUGUGAGCUGUGCGAGCGGCCAGUGUGCGGCACGUGCGCGGCGGGGGAGCACCUGGGCACGCGCCCCGCCGGGCACCCCCACAUCCGCUUCUGCCCCCAGGAGGCGGCCGGCCAGUGCCGCGGCUUCCCGGUCUAUGGCGCCCUGGACGCCCAGGAGGUCGACCCGGCCCGGUGCACCCUGCAGGGAGAAGAUCUGCACAGAGCUCGGGAGAAGCAGACGGCCUCUUUCACCCUGCUCUGCAAGGAUGCGGCAGGAGAGAGCCUGAGCAGAGGAGGGGACCACAUCAGUGUCGCCGUUGUCCCUAAAGACAAGAAAGACAGUCCAGUCAGAACAGUGGUCCAGGAUAACAAGGACGGGACAUACAACGUGUCCUACACCCCCAAGGAACCUGGCAUCUACACCGUGUGGGUUUGCGUGGAAGAACAGCAUGUGCAGGGCUCGCCCUUCACUGUGACAGUGAAGAAGAGGCACCACGCACACUCAGGCGUCUUUCACUGCUGUACCUUCUGCUCCAGUGGUGGCCAGAAAGCCGUGCGCUGUGCCUGUGGGGGCACCAUGCCAGGUGGGUACCUGGGCUGCGGUCACGGACACAAGGGCCAUCCGGGCCGUCCCCACUGGUCCUGCUGUGGGAAGUUUGCAGAGAAGUCGGAGUGUACAUACGUGGUGGGGCCGGGCACCCCGGGGAACCUGCUGAGGACCGUCGCACUCUGAUGAUGCCAGUGCCUCCCCCACACCCAUAAAGCUUCCACCAGUGGAUGUCAGGUUUACAGAGGAUCCCAAAGCCUGAGAAAUACCAAAGAAAUGAUGGAAUUAAUUAAAACAGUGCCUUCAAGCGCC